AACAUAUACUUUUGGUUUUAUUAUUAUUAAUUAAACCAAAAUUAAAAUGUGUACAUCCACAAAGGAUUAUUGAGAAGAGGGAGGAAGCGAAUAACUUUAUAUUAAUACUUUCCCAUAUCUCUCUCUGUGUAAAGUCUGAAUUUUAAGUAUGGCGGGCGGGUCCCAUCUCCACCUCCCAAAACAGCGGCGCCACUGCCCUUCUUUUUUCACUUUUGUUUUCAACCUCACCCACCUUCCUCUUUCCUCCACCAUUUUCUUUCUAUAAACAAAUUCAAAAUUUCCAUUUCUUCCCCCUUCCUAAACUCUCUUUAAAAAAUAAACCCCCAUUUCUUUAUAAUAAAAAAGAAAAAUAAAUCUUUUAUUUCCGAAGGUUUAUUUCAAGAAAAAAGAAAAAGAAAUGAAAGGCGAUUUUGCUCAUCCCAAGAGCAAAACUUCCAAUAUGUUAUCCAAAUUCCAUCUCUCCCCCCACCCUUUUACCCACCAUCCUCCUCCGCAACCUCCCGCCGAUGAGCCCGCCGCCGCCAUGCCUUCCCCUUUUAAACACCACCCGGAUCUCACCUCCACCGCCGAUGGUUCCACCAUCGAGGUGGUCCGACGGCCCAGAGGUCGCCCACCGGGUUCUAAAAAUAAACCCAAACCGCCUCUUGUUGUAACCCGGGAACCCGAACCGGCUAUGCGGCCGUACGUUCUAGAAGUCCCUGGUGGAAACGACGUCGUUGAAGCUAUUUCGAGAUUUUCCCGUCGCAAAAAUUUGGGCCUUUGUGUCCUUAAUGGAUCCGGUACCGUUGCUAAUGUCUCUCUCCGUCAACCCUCCGCCACUCCUGGCGCUACCGUUACUUUUCACGGCCGUUUUGAGAUUCUCUCCAUUUCCGCUACCGUUUUCCCUCAAUCGACACCCUUACCGAUACCUAAUGGUUUUACCAUCUCCCUCGCCGGGCCUCAGGGUCAAAUCGUCGGCGGCUUGGUUGCCGGCGCGUUAAUUGCCGCCGGUACUGUUUUUGUCGUCGCGUCGUCGUUUAAUAAUCCGUUGUACCACCGGCUUCCUGAUGAGGAAGAGAUUAAGAAUUUGGGAUCCGGUGGCGGCAGUGGCGGUGGCGAAGUUCACUCCCCACACGUCUCCGGCGGCGGAGACAGUAGCGGGCAGGGACACGGACACGGGCACGGGCAGAUUGCGGAAACGUGUGGAAUGGCUAUGUAUAGUUGCCACGCGCCGUCCGAUGUAAUUUGGGCGCCGACGGCGAGGCAACCGCCCCCGCCGUACUGAUAAAUAACUUUUCAUUUUAUCUUCAGCUGAUCUCUUUUUUUUUUUUCCCAUUAAUUCUCCAUUACUCUUCUGUUAAAUUUGUAGGGUUUGUGUUUUGUUGUAGAUUUUUUUAAAAAAAUUUGAAAUGACUUGAAAAGGAAA